CGACGAAUAAAAUUGCAGCCAUUCUUGUUCGUUGUUACCAGUCUUACGUCGACCAUCGACCAUCAUGAAGGAGACGCCGAUCGUCUUCAAUGCGGCUUCCAUCGUGUUGUUCGCUACAUUCAUCCUCAACAUCCCGUGCGUGAUCGUGGCUUCAAGAAGAGUUGCAUCGUCCCGUCAAAGCUCCGCUGGAUAUCUCGAUCCAUAUAAAUUCGCAUACGCCAUCAAGACGCCAUUACCUUUUCACGGAGACUUUGGCCAAACCCCGGCUGAAGGAGCGUCGUCCAAUGUCCAUUCCACGCGUGAAAGAUUGUCCUUUAAACAAGGGUCUCGCAGUGCAACGAAUAAAGCCAGGUCUAUUUCAUCCGGCCAAUGGUCGGUUGAUGACGACGCUUUGAUUGCUUUGUCCGCAUCGAUAGACGAAUCAACGUUCGGAGAAAGAAUCGCUCCUAGAGGAAGCUCAGGUAGACAGCAGCAGUUGACGUUUCAACCGAGCCAACAGUUUAUCGUGACUAGCUCACCUUCAGUUAAAAAUGAGAACCGUAGUGAGUUGAAUAAGAAGGAAAUCCUUGAGUUCUUUGCUUCUGUAUCUGAUUCCCAACCAGCUAGCGAUGAUAAACCCUCGCCCCAACGUCAGGAAACGACUGAACCUUCCCCUUCCGAGUUCCAAGAUACCAGCAAUGAACAAGGUUUUUCGAAAUCCAAUGAUGGCUUACCUUCCGUCACAUCGCUAAUCGAUAGCCAGAAAAAUAACAACGAUGGAUUUCAAAUUGAAAGCUCCUAUUUCGGACCGCAUUCACGAUCCAAUCCGUCUGAUUGGAGUACCUCGCAUUUCCCAUCGUUCGGUCCCAGUUUUUCUGUACCCGACAUAUUCAGAGAUACGGCAGUCCAUUCUGUAGAAACUGAACUUGCCGGAAGGGAAGUUGGCUCUCCAGGAAGUGUGUCCUCUUCCAUUGACGCACUGUACGCGAAGUUCUCUCCAUUCCCGCAACAGGAAUCUUUCCGUCUAACAGACUUCUCAACUCAAUUAACGCCGAUUGAGAACACCGCCGAACGUCCGUUCACGUUAAAAGUCCACGAUGUCGAAACGUUCAACCCUCCGCUAUCAAAAGAAAUCGCUCCUCACGUUCAAGCCGUGUCUGCUGAACCUCCGGCCUUUGUUCCAUCGACGCCCUUCAAAGCCAAUGAUUUUCUUCCGUCGAGGUACCCGGAAUUGCGACCGCCCAGCAGAACGGCGACCCCUACUCCGGUGGUGACACCAAGCACCGAGAGCAUCAAACCUUUUCAACAACCCAGAUUUCCCGAGCCUAAUAAAUACGCGGGAUUUAUUCCCCAACCUCUUUCGGGACCAGGCGAUUCUUUCACCCAAUUCCCGAAACCUAAUUUCCCUACUUUCCCUUCGUCUCCUAGUAAAACGGUGUACUUUGGCGGACACCCAAACGAGCCCCCGACGCAUUUACAGAAGAACAUCGUGAGUUUCAUUAAAUCGAGAGCAGUUCCCGAUAAGGUACUCAGCCCCCCAAAUUUACCUGCUGGCGAUGCUGCAUAUUUCCCCGGCAAUUUCAUCAAGUCGUUCCCUUUCAAAACACGACAUUCAAACGCCCAAGUUGGCUCGCAGAAAAGCACCGCAACACCUGUGUCAAAGGUGAACGUCCAGCCGGUUCGUUCACCGCCUUCCAAUGUUGUCAAUCUAGGGCCUGCACCGCCGAAAGCUUUCACUUCGAACAGACCAAAGCAAAAUAGUUUGGCCACGCCGAACAACGUGAAACCACAAGCUUUCGUAAGCACUGUUGCCUCUACGGCCCGUCCGCCCACCACCUCGCCUAUUCCAACUACGGAAACGAACAAAGUUUCAUCCACUCCGAAGCCUUUGUCGACUACGAAGCCAACGCGUUUCGUUGCUUCACCUUUGCUUUCGCACACUAAACCUAUCCCACCAAUAAAUACAUUAGAAUUAGCUCGGCCCAUUCGAGUAGCCCAGCAUCAUAGCCAACAGGUUCGUCCUCAUGCUAAUGCUUUUCAAUCGGUAAGGAGUCCAGUUCAACAAGCUCAAAGAGGAACAUUUUCUGGGUGGACUGGCACGAAUUCAUUCAGGCCAUCUCGACAGUAUUCUUUCAUAUCGCCCAAUCCAUUUGUUCCAGUAAGGAAUCCCCCUAUCCCGAUAUCGAAACAAAUAAGGCAAGUACUGCCGUCGCUCACGAAGAAUCCCGCAGCCGUCCCAGUGCUGGCACCUCUACCGGUGUAUCUUCAACCUGCUAGCGUGACCCUGCCGCAGAGACCAUCGUCCAAGACUUCUUCUAAUAUAGAGAAAGCUGUUUACUACCACGCUUUUGUGUCUUAUGGUUAAUUACGUAUUUUUUUUUCUUUCCAUAAUGGUUCACUUUGUUUGCAAUGGUUUUUGUUUUUGUCCAGCAAAAAAAGGCUCUGCGAGCCAUCUGCUAAUGACAGAAUUAUUAUUAUGUGUUUUCGUUCAGCCAAGAUGCUUUUAAGGUAAAUGAGCUAUCAUCUACGUGUGUACAGUCAACGGAAAGUUUUGUUUUUUUCGGCUGUAUGUAAUUUGCAAAAAAAUUUGAAUAAAAGCAUCAGUACUCUA